AUGCCUUAAUUACAUUUAGGAAUUAGAUUAAAUAGAAAUAUAUAGGAUUCAGAUUAUGAUUUUUCUGUAUAUAAAUAUCUCAACUAAUUUUCAUCUCUUACUUAUUGCUGUAAAGUUGAUUAAAAUUAUGAAACUGAAUAAAAGGUUAUAUUAAAUUACAAAGAAUCAUCUUUAAUUAUUUAAGAAAAUAAAAUAAAAAUUGCUUUAUAAAGUGGAACUAUAAUCCAACCAUAUAUUAAGACUGACUUAAGAAAUUUUGGGUAAAAUUAUAAUUGAUUUAGAAAAACGACUUUUGGUUUUAAAGCUAAGCUAAAGGAUUUUGAACUUUUUGUAUACAAAUAAAUUACAAAUACAAAUAAAUCAAAAAAUCUAUCGAUGGGAGUUAAUCUUAAUGUUUUGGAUUGGAAAUUUGGAUUAAAAAUUAAUCUUGACUUUACACUCGGUUGUUUUGUUUUUUAGUAUAAUUUCAAACUCAUUAUCAAAUUAGCAUAUAGAAAUUUGGUCUUGCUCUAUAAAUACCUUUAUAUACAUUUUAAUUUGAUGAUUUGAUAGAGAAAUAUACAGUAGUAGCAUUUGGAUUUAUGAUUGCAUGCUCCAUUUUAAAGUGUUUCUAAUAACCUAAAGUUAUCCCUUUAAAUAAAUAAUAAAGAAUUGAAUAAUCUAGAAAUCAAUUAAAUUUAUUAGAACAAAAAACUAAAUAGAAUUUUAAAUUUGAAAAAGAAAAAAAUGGAUUAUUAAUUCUUUUUGUUUAUUAUGGUAAUGCUGAUCAUAUUAAAAUAUUGAGUUAAUAAUAGAAUAAACAAAAAUAUCAAUUACAAAAUGAUGUAAAUUUUAUAUCAAAUAUAUUAGCUUGAAAUAAUUGAUGUCACAUUGCCAUGUUAAUUCAAUGUAAAAAAUUCUAAGUUACAUUUACCAAAGUAUACAAAAUCUGUUUUAUUUGGUUUCUGUGAUCCAUGUGAAAAUACAAACACUCCUAAAUUGUUGUUAUUUGAAUAUACCUAUAAAUAACAAAAAUUCGAUAAAAUUUUUGAUGACUUAGAAGAAGUGGUGUUGCCAUGAUUUAUU